AAGCGUUUUGACUAUUUAUAGUAUCUCCAAAUUCUUCUCCAAUUUAUGAUGCCACCGAUACACACACCAUUUUUUUAUACGUGCAGAUGCUUACGUCGAGCGACGAAGAAAAGAAUCUCUCUCAAAUUUUGAGUCGGCAAAUUAAGCUGAACCAAAUCCUUAAAAACUUGGGGUUUUCGAUUUCCGCGGGCGAUUUCGGGAUCAAUGGAGACGGACAAUGCAGAACCGGCGGCAAGGAACGACAGCCUCUGGCUUUUGAAAUCAAUUUUCUCGAAGAAGAGCAGCGCCGACGGCGGCGCCGACGCCGCUGCCAAGAACCCGCCCAACAAUAAUCCGCCGCUUCCUUUUCUCUCACCUCACGCCAACUCCGUUGUCGCUCGUUGCUCCAAGAUUCUUGGCAUAUCAACCAAAGAGUUACAGGCCCUGUUCGAUGUAGAACUACCUGAUAAUCUCAGACAGCCUCCAUCCUAUGCUAGGAACUUCCUCGAAUUCUGCUCGUAUAAAGCACUACAUUUGGCUAUCACAAAACCCAAUUAUUUAACUGACAAGGAAUUUUGCCGUCUGACAUUUGACAUGAUGAUCGCUUGGGAAGAUCCUGGUGUUGAUAGUAACCUCAUAGAUGAUGAAACUGCUUCGUGCAGCAAUCAGGAUGUGGAGAGUGAAGAUGGUUGGUCAUUGUUUUAUUCCAAUUCAACCAAAAUGGCUGUUCAGGUUGAUGACAAGAAAACUGUUGGGCCAGAGGCUUUUGCUCGGAUAGCUCCUGCCUGUCCAGUUAUUGCAGAUGUAACCACUGUUCACAAUCUUUUUGAUGUUCUGAUCAGUGCUUCAGGUCCCCGACUUCAUUUUCUGAUAUACGACAAAUACCUUCGGAGUCUUGAAAAGGUUGCAAAGUCUGCACAAAAUGCAUUGGGACCGCAGGUCAUUGCCUCUCUUUCACUUGCUGAUGAUGAAAUUAUUAUAGAUGUUGAUGGCACAGUUCCUACGCAACCAGUUUUGCAGCACAUUGGGAUGUCUGCAUGGCCAGGGCGGUUGACAUUGACAAGCUAUGCUCUUUACUUUGAGCCCGGCGUUGGUUUAUAUGACAAAGCUGUGAAAUAUGAUCUAGCUACUGACAUGAAACAAGUUGUAAAGCCUGAAUUAACUGGACCCUUGGGUGCUCGUCUCUUUGAUAAAGCUGUUAUGUACAAGUCAACAACCACAGCAGAGCCCGUCUAUCUGGAAUUUCCUGAAUUUAAAGGUUGCUCGAGGAGAGACUAUUGGUUAGAUAUCAGUCUGGAGAUUCUGCGUGCCCACAGGUUCAAUAGGAAAUAUAAUUUAAAAGGAAAUCAGCAAUCAGAAGUGCUUGCUCGGGCGAUUCUUGGAAUUUUUCGGUUUCAUGCAGUUAGAGAGGCCUUCCGCGUCUCAUCGUCCAAUUACAAAACUCUGUUGUGUUUUAACUUGGCCGAAAGUCUUCCUGGUGGAGAUAUGAUAAUGGAAACUCUAGCGAGUCAAAUGGCCCUCAUAACUCCUAGUGCUGGCCAACAAGAGGUUUCUAUUUCUCCAAAUGCAAAUAGACGGCACAUAUUCCCUGUUGCACUUCUGACACUUAUUCGACUAAAAGUUGUUUCACUGAAAGAGGGAGAAGUAAAUGUAGAAGCAACUUAUCUCGCUGGGAAUCUUCGUGUUGGUGAAGCAAAUCCUCUAGAAGCUGUCGUGAAGCAGUUGGAACAGGACACUGGAAAGGCUGAAGCUGCUCAAGCAACUGUUGAUCAAGUGAAAGUUGAAGGGAUUGAUACCAAUGUAGCAGUGAUGAAGGAGUUGCUUUUCCCAGUUAUUGAGAUAUAUAGCCGGAUUGAACGUUUGGCAUCCUGGACCGAUCCCUACAAGUCAGUGGCGUUUGUGGUAUUAUUUAGCUAUAUGAUAGUUAGGGGUUGGAUCAAGUAUAUAGUACCAUCGGUUUUUGUAUUUUUGGCACUUGUGAUGCUAUGGCGCAAGUAUGUUUGGAGAAGAAGACAACUGGAGGCAUUCAAAAUUGUAGCUCCACCUAGUAAGAAUGCAGUGGAGCAGCUGAUACUAUUACAAGAAGCAAUAACUCAACUUGAGUCGUUCAUCCAAAGUGGCAAUGUUGCUCUUCUAAAAAUACGAGCACUGCUUUUUUCUGUUGCACCACAGGCAACGGAUAAGCUGACUCUGCUGUUGUUUGCAAUGGCUUUGGGACUUAUAUUUGUGCCAGUGAAAUAUGUGAUGUUGAUGGGUUUUCUGGAGUAUUUCACGAGAUAUAUGCCAUUGAGAAGGGAAGAUAGUGAACGAGGGAUGAGACGGUUGAAGGAAUGGUGGAUCAGGAUACCUGCAGCUCCUGUUCAGAUUGUCAAGCCAGAUGACAAAAAGAGGAAAUGAUCACAACAUUUUGCAAUCUGUUCAUGUAAAUAUUUCCCUCUAUACUAGUUCUUGCUGUAGAAACUUGUUUUGUCCUGAAAAAACUGUGGGGCACAUAUACUUUGACAAUUUUAUCCAGAUUCGAUUUCCAUCUGA